UUGGUUAGCUCGUAACAGCUUCCUUAAGCGAACACGCCACCAAUCUUUUCACCGAAAGAUAACAUCAAGUAUGAUAGCAUUCUUGUCAAAUGUCUCGCCAUAUCUUAUCAUUAUCAAAUUUUCUUACUUUAACCCCUGCCACCGAUUUACGAUCUUACCAUCUUGACAUCUCUCUCCACUGGAUAACAAUUUCACAUCGGAACCGUCUUGCAGUCGAAACUGGGCAGUAUCAUCCUGAAUGUGAUUAAGUAAAACGACUUUAGCAAUAUGAAAGUGCUACUUGUCUCGUUAUGUGUGGUGUUUGUUCUGUUUUUAGAUACAACAACUGGGCGACCAGCUAAGAGGACUUCCCCAAUAUCUUUAGAAGGCGAUAAUGUUUUGGAGGAAAUUGGUGGACAUUUCGAAGGCGAUAUGAUACUCUCUCCCGAACAAUCCAAUGCAGUAAAGAACGGUUAUACAGCAUUGACCAACCUAAAAAAGUGGCCCAACGGCAUCGUGUACUACACGAUUGAUACAACCGUUUUUACUGCCGCUCAACAGAGUAACAUUCGCACCGCUAUGGAUCAGAUCGAGUUGGUGACAUGUGUCAGAUUUGUACCCCGCACAGACCAGAAAGGUUAUACAUUCAUUUCGGUAAGGAUCUCUCAAACCCUGGAUAUGAUAUCGUCUGCUGAUUGCUUAUCCUUUCCACACGUUUAUUACCAGGGCACUGCUGCAUCUUCCUGCUCUUCAUAUCUAGGGCAUCACGGGGGCCAACAAAAACUGACGUUACAACCAAACGGCUGUACGGGCGUUGGCACUGUUAUUCACGAAUUGCUGCAUACGCUAGGAUUUGCCCAUGCGCAAUCUGCUUCGGAUCGGGAUUUUUAUAUCGACAUCAAUUACAAUGCAAUUCAGGAUGGCGCGCAAAAUAACUUCAUUCUCUACAAUUCCAGUUUGUCCACAGAUUUUGGCAUACCUUACGACUACGACAGUAUUAUGCACUAUGGAAAGUUAUCGUUUUCCAAAGAUGGUCAGCCCACGAUCAUUCCCAAGAAACACAAUGCUAUCAUUGGACAGCGUAAUGGUCUCAGUGUCAAAGAUAUUAAGCGAAUAAACCAUCAAUACCCAGACUGCUAUUAAGGCAGAAAAGUGUAUUGACAAUUAAUCGUGAGGAUACUUCUGAUCGUAUUAUCAAUACAUCAUACAUUUCCAGCUGUGUAUGUAAUAUUGCUUACUACAGCAGUACAUAAAACAGAAAAAUAAAAAAACGCUCUUUGUAACAAUCAAA